CAGUAGCUGUUGAACUUAUUUCCAUGGUUGUCCAUUCGCGUUUAUUUUGGUAACGUUUUCAUAACAUGGUCUUUGGGAUUUAAACUACUUGGAGUCUAUUCUUUUUGCGUUGUUGCCAAGACAGCUUGGGGAUUUUGCUACUCUUGUUCCUUGCAGCUGAGCUAAAACAAAACACUUCUCAUCCGCUGCACCGAUUUAGCCCAUAAAUAAAUAAAAGUAAAUCCGUGGAUAUUGGCAUAGGGCUAAAAACAUGGGGGCAAAACAGAGCAGCCCGGCUGCGAACGGUCGAACCAGGGCUUAUUCAGGUUCGGAUUUACCCUCAACUACUUCCACUAGUAAUGGCAACGGGAGAACUGCAGCCAUGGCAAUGAGAUAUCACGCAUAUGGUGCCUCGGCUCAUGGGGCCUCGGGAGCCACAUCGACUGCGGCUCAGCACCUUGGCCCCAGGACGAGAUCUAUGGGGGGUGGCGGAGGUGGGUCAGGAGCGAGGCCCCAAUCGGGCAUUAAUAUACCCAACAACAGUGGAGCCUACAGCUCUCAAGAGUCUGGCAGCAGCACCCCAGAAGAGCCUGCAACGGACAGGGACAGGUCAGGUGGAGGUCAGGGGGCUCCCCGGCUCCUGAUUGGUUCCCUACCAGCACACCUUUCGCCUCAUCUUUUUGGAGGUUUCAAGUGCCCUGUGUGCUCAAAGUUUGUCUCUUCAGAUGAAAUGGACCUGCACCUCGUCAUGUGCUUAACCAAGCCGAGGGUUACAUACAAUGAGGACGUCCUGUCAAAGGAUGCCGGGGAGUGUGCAAUAUGCUUGGAGGAGCUGAUGCAGGGAGACACCAUAGCACGCCUGCCCUGCCUCUGCAUCUACCACAAAGGCUGUAUAGAUGAGUGGUUUGAGGUGAACAGAUCGUGUCCAGAACAUCCUUCAGACUAAAGAGCUUCAUUACAUUUUGCACAGGUGUCUUACCCCCCUGGUUGAGGAAGACGCUCUGCUCCACUAUCAACAGACAGCAAUGUGAACUUUCUCCUUAGCCUGUAAACAAGGAGAUCACUGGUCCUGGUCACCGCAUGGCCGGCACAAAUCAACCCCCACCCAUUCCCCUCUCCAUCCCUCCCAACACCGAACCUCAAUACUCCCAAAGCUAGCUGCCACAAGCACUCGGGUGUGCCAAAACUCAUUGAAACAAUCUUCAGGGAAUUACCUAUGUAUGCUUGCGCAUCUCUUUUCAUGCGCAAUCUCUCUCAACAUUGACUGCCAGCAGUCUCCGCCACGCACAUGCCCAGUUGUCCAAGCCUCUGACGUGACCACCAACUCUCAAUCAUUUCUUCCUGUUUUGUAUGGAUGGGCCAACUGUCCAAUCAGGAAAUGACGCUGCUGGUCUGACUCCUCUAUCGGUGGCAUCACAGACCCACCCCUUCCCUUUAAGCACCUCCCACAGACACCUGACACUCCCCCACAGUGGCCAUGCCUUAAACUGUGCUUUGUUAUUGACUCUGAGAGGCAAACUCACUCUCUCUGCUCUUUUGGUAUUGGACGGCAGAUACAAAACCCCUCUACCCGCUUGGCCCAUUGUAUACCGGAACUCUUUGGCGAGGAGAGAGCCUCUUCCUCCUCCUCCUCCUCACCAACUGUGUCUACCAGUGCCUUCACAGUCUGAUCAUAAGGGCCUGCUAAGACAGAGUCUGCCACAUGGUAGAGGUCAGGUGAUCCGCAGGCUGUCGGUGAUUGGUAGCAGUGGAGGCACAUGUUAGCUGCCCUGCCCGCUGCCUGGGAAGUGGCUGUGUGGCACAGGACAUCCACAGCCAUGUGUGGCAGUGCUAGAAGGGACAGCUGAUUGUUGCCUGAGAGCAUCACCCUUCAGGUCUCACCCCAGCCCCAUCCCCUCGCCGAGAGUGGAGGUGAUGAUCCACCACUCUGUCACAAGACAAUGGAACAGAGGUUUCUUCCUUCCCCUACCACCUCUGCAUCUCUGCUGGCCUCCGAGAAAAUGUGGCAGCAGCCCAAAUCAACACGUCUGAGGUGAAGGCUGAUGCUCCCUGCACACUCGGAAUGUGUAGUGCGUCUUUGUAGAGUGUAGCAAUAUCCGUUUGGGACAUGAAGCUCGGCUGAUCCUAAACAAAAUCCAGGGAUAAAUACAGGGGAAUUGUGUACAUAUUCUAGCCUUUGAAGGCCUCGCCACAUCGUUUUUAAUUUUUUUUUUUAAUAUUACUAUCAUUAUCAUUAAUGAUGAAGUUUGUAAUUGCCU